ACGAACGAGACGAGUCGUCAAUUGAGAACUGAGAGCUGCCGAAAAAGUUGAACAAGUUGUGAAAAAUCGAAAUUUUCUCUGUUAUUCACUGUCAUUUUGGUGAAAAAUCGGACAAAAUUUAUUAGUUAAAUAUUCAAUUCAAUAACAGACAUUUUAUUAAAUAUAAAACACUUUUCUUUUUGCUGAAAGAUAUAUAAGUGUACAAAAGCUGACGCGUGACGUACCACCAAAUCAUUGAAUUUUCAGUACACAUAACAAGAAGCACGAAGUGUAGAAAGAAAUAAAUUAAUAUUUAGAAACCUGGGGAAAGGAGGCAACAACAUAAGGUGGGACUCUUGCUGGUCUUUGUGUGGAACAGAUAAAAUAAAUAAUUUAAUACUAAAAAUAGAUGAGCGACGUAUUGUAACAUCAGUAACGGCGCAUUAUUAAGCUGAACAAGUUGUUAAUUACAUUGGUUGAAACAUUUGUGCAAAGAGAAGCAUAAAUUACACUAGAAAAGUUAAUUACUGUUUUGGGCGAAACGGCCAACACAAUCCAAUUAUCAAUCGUAGUAAAAUUAUUAUUAAGUUGUCUUGCCAGCUGUAAUUGUAAAACUAAUCAAUUCGUACUAAAUCGAAAACAUUGGAUAUAGAAUAAUUGAAAUAUGAACGAAACUGCGUCAGCUACAUCAUCGUCCACGACGUCAUCGGCGGUGGCAGUCGCGGAUAGUGCUAGUGCAGCAGCGACUACUAAAACAGCAAAUUCAGUUGCAGCCGCCGUGAAUGCCGCAAGUAGUGCAGCGGCAGCGGCUGCUUCAACAACAACAAAAGAUACAAAAUCAACAAGUGUUAAAUUAUUAAUUAAAGCUUCAAAUCAACAAUUUGAUGAUCAAAUGCUGGAAACUGAUUUGCUUUGGACAGUGAAGCGUUUGAAGGCCCACUUGGCAAUGGUUUAUCCUAACAAACCACCUGUUGAGGAGCAAAAAUUGAUCUAUUCCGGUCAACUGCUGAGUGAUAACUUACUGCUGAAGGAUGUUAUACGCAGCUACAAAGACGUUUAUACUCAGAACCAUAUAAUACAUUUAGUAUAUACACCGAAGAGUUCUCUGAACGCGAAUUUAAAGAAAAAAGCCAAAGGUAGUAAAUCCUCAUCAUCGGCCAACAUGAGUCCCAGUGGUAAUGCAGCUGAUGGUUUGCGGCAACGCAACAUUUCUGGCGCCGGUACGCCAAAUGCUACAGCUCAACUACAUUAUCCACAGCAAUUAUAUCACCAGUACCAACAGCAACAACAACAGACGUAUCCACAACUAAAUCAACAAUUUCAAACUCCGCAGUGUCCUGCCUUUAACCCUAACAAUUCACAAUAUGCAAUGCCCUUUGGUUUUCCCGGACAAUUAAACGUUCAAGCUAUGGCCACUCAACAGGCUGCCAUGUACAGUUGGAUGCAGCAGGUGUACUCCCAAUAUAUGGAGCAGUAUAUGCGCAUGAUCAACAGUACCACACCAUCUACAGGGAUUGCCAGUCCAACUAUGACAAAUUCUGCAACAUCCAAUUUGCCAGCAGCCGGCUACAGCCCAUUUGGCUUUAAUCCAUUCUUACAACAAUUGCCUUUUCUAGCACCAACAACGUCAGCGGCGGGUGUAGCUACAGCCGGUGUUACAAAUCCUGUGAUAUCAUCAAGUUCAUUGCUGUCGCAACCAGCUACUGCGUUGGCACAACCCGCACAUAAUUCUGAAAGCAACAGUGCCGCACCAGCAGUUGCAGGUGGCGAACAACAGCCACAACAGGUACAGGCGCAGGCGCAACCGGAGGGACAGCAAGCAGCUGCACCGCGUUUUCCCAAUAUUGUGCAGGAUGAACAAGAUAAUCGUGAUUGGCUGGAUAGUUUCUUCUCGAUUACUCGUCUCGCUAUAUUUUUGACAAUUCUCUACUUUAAUUCAUCUCCAUUGCGUUGUCUGGCCGUUGUUAUAAUUGCAGGCGGUAUUUAUCUCUAUCACAUCGGCGUGUUGCGCCUGCGUAAUGAGCGUAACAACAACAACAUUAAUCGUAACAACAAUGCCGCAGAUGCGGAUCAAAUACGUCGCGGCGUACGACAGGUGCAACAGGCGGCACAGGCUGACGAGCAACGUAAUCGUGCAAAUGAGAAUGCCGACGAUGGCGUUGAUCGGCAAGUGCCUGCAGCAGCCGGAGGCGAAGGUACAGCGGCAGUUGUACCUGAAAAUACCGAUAAUAAUACUGCAUCUGUGAUUUCUGUUUUGCGUACGUUUGUGGUGACAUUUUUCACUUCUUUGCUGCCCGAAACGCCGACACUUUGAAGAGAUUUGGAAGUUGAGUUUAAAAGUUUCGUGGCGUUAAUUUUCAGUGGAAAUAUAUAAUGUAUAGGUUUUUUUUCCUAUAUUUAGUAUGUUAAAGAAAUUUUUGUAUUAUUCUAACCAAUAAUUGUUUAUUCCUUUGCUGCGAAAUGAUAAUGAAAUCGAUCUUAGCGCUAAGCAAGACCGUCAUUUAUACGGGGGGCGUGUAUAUGUGUGUAUUUGUUCGCGAAAUUCUUUCUCCACAUAUAAGCUAAUGAAUGAUUAGUUUUAGAGAUACAGAAAUACAAAGACAAAUAUACUUACAUAUAUGUGCGAUUCAAAUGUUCGCUUGUUCUUAAGAAUGCAAUAUGUUUUGCUCUUUUUAUUACUAUUAAUUAUUUUUUCCUUAUGAAAUGUGAAAUAUGAGAAAAGUAUUGAAAUAACCUGUUAUAUAACUGCAAUGCUGCAUAGCUUGUUGUGAAUUGAUUCCAAAGUAAUUCCAUUGGAAAAGAACUCUUGUUUUCUGACCCAUUGGAAAUAUCGAAAUCUAUAGCUUUUAUGGCUACAUCCCUAUUUAACCGCACUUGCACUAUUAUAUAUACUACGUACGUACAUACAUACAUAUUGUUUUUUAGUACAUGUUUACUGAUUUUUGCGAUUGUUACGUCUAUUGGACGUUUAUUAUUUAUAGCUUUUAAGUAACAAAAAUAAACAAAUACUUAGAUACACGUUUAUAAAUAAAAGAAAAUAACGGGAAGUAUAUUUGUGGCAUAAGAAACCAUUCUAAAUAAACUUAAUAAAAAUGCUUUAUUCAUUUAUAGACUACAAAAA